GGUGUGGCAAAUUUUGUUGGUUAUGUCUCAACAGUUGUUUACAAAUAUUAUUUUUGUAGAAAAUUUUCAAAAAUAAAUAUUACUUGAAAGUAUUCCUCUUAAAUUAGGUUCAAACAUGUUUUACACAAAUUUUACAUUGUGUUUUAUAAUUUUUAGUGCUUUUGUUCAAUUGUCCCUUUCCCUAGAUUGUUAUCAGUGUUCGGGGAGUGAUCCAAACAAGCCAUUUCAAUGUAAUGAAUGGUUAUCUGGUGAUAUAGAUAUUACGCCAGAGCCAUGUGAUAAUGUUUUUGGUGCAAAGUAUUGCAUAAAACAUGUUGGCCGAUUUGAAGGUUCUGCUAUAAAAUGUUACCAGUGUUCUUCCUCAAAGUCAAUAGACUGCGCAGAUGGGUUGAUCCACAUGGGUGGAUUAGAACCCCAAAGCUGUGAAAACGUUUUUGAGGCUCAAUAUUGCAUAAAAUCUACAAGUUUAGAGGGAGGUAUCGGCACUAAACGAUUUUGUUCGUCCUUGGAUCUUGGCAACUAUUGCAACUAUGUGAAACAACCAGGGGAUACUUUAACAUACAGGACAUGCCUUUAUACAUGCACCGGAGAUGGUUGUAAUCCCGCUGCUUCCAAGAAACCUCAGUCUCUUCUACUGUUGAUGACGAUAGCGGGAAUAGUAUUUUAUAGAAUGAUCUAAGACGGAUAACAUAUUGUAAAAUGUAGGAUGUCGACUCACAAACCCUUUGGCUCAUUGUUAACCUAGUCCGUCCCUUAAGUGUUAGAGCAGGUUCACAUGACAAACGCUUAACGCAUGCUAAAUUUUUGUAUAGCGUUCACAUGGUCCAUCAUUGUCAAAGAUGGGCGUAAAAAUAAUUUUAACAGUGACUUUAUACGGAUAGCAGAAACGACGAAGGUUAUGAUAUUGUACGAUUUGUGAGUGAUCCGAAUGGAAGGACAUAGCUAGACAGGUAAAGACCCAUCCAGGGUUAUGUCAGAAGAAGAGCAGAACGACGAAAGACGAAAUGUCAACUGAAUGAUAACACAACAUAAAACCAAUGAUAUCAAAGCCCACUUUGACGCGCUCUGCCAACAGUUGACUGCAAACGCAGCGUUCAACGCGUGGUAACAUGUGUACAUAGAUGUAAAUGCGCGUUAAGCGCUUUUCAUGUGAACCUGCCUUUAAAGUAAGAAUAAAUACCCCAUUUUUGUAUGUAAGUUAAAAUCUAGUAAAAUAUUGAUGAUUAUAAGCGAAUCUCAGAGACUAAAGUAAAAAAUGACAAUAUUUUACACGUUACUAUAUACGUAGAUAAUCUAAGACCUUAGUUUAUUUGUAAAAAGGUAGCAAUUUUGAGUAAAGUAAACAAUAUAUAUUUUUUUUGUUUGGAAUUUACUUGAAUAUUUAGUGAAGGCAACUCUAGUUUUGAACCGAUUUUUCUCAGCUUGAUCUGUUAAAUAGUAACUAAGUCACUUUGCUUUAGAACAAAAGCUUUUUUGAUAUACAUUUUUAAAAGGGGAUAUUUUUAUUUAUAUAGUAAUAGUAUAUUGACGUAUCACGUUUUUAUCUAUCGUUCAAAAUGUUUUGAUAGCAUAUUUUAUAGAUAUUUUUAAUAAUAAAUUAAUGUACCUUUACUUAGAGUAUAAAAUGACCAAUGACCAAUAGUUGAACCUAAAGAUAUAUCUGCCCUGCCUCUCUGUAAAUAUAGUACAAUUUUACGAUGUCAAUCAAAAUGUGGCAAUAAUAAAUAUGGAUAUUAAAGAAA